AUUACGGGACAAUUUACGGCAGCAACUGUUCCUCCUCCUCCUCCUCUGCUGUGUUGCAAAAACUGAAGUCACUGCCUCUCUGUGGUGAGAAAGAGACUAAUAUCACGAAAACAUGUCUGCGCUCAUCAGGAGAAUCAUCAACACUACAUCUGCACCGGCUGCCAUCGGCCCGUACAGGUGAGAAAACUCACCCAAACACACACAAGCACCACUUUCUAUUUAUAGCGACACGUGGGCUGCAUUAACUUGUACUUAGGUAAAAAGUUUGACUAGUCAGGAAUCACGAGGAAAGUCCAGUAUAUGAGCAGGGGCGGGAUUUAGUGUUCAAUGAACUCACCUGUUUGAGUGGACCUCGUAAAAUAGGGCCAAAGUUUAACAUUUGGUGGAGCAGAGGACGCAUUUGCAGAUUUGCAGAGCAGGAAUAUCUGACAGGCAGCAGACAAAUGGCAGCUAUUCGUCGACAAACCCCCUACACACCAAAAGCCCCUAUCAGACAGGGAAUAUACAGGUAAGGUUAAAUUAAAGUUAAAUUUACCAAAUGUUUCUUUACCUCUGUUGUGCUUUAAUCUUAAAAAUCAACUUUUCACUUUAUGAUUGUAAAACAUAGAUAAAGCUUAUAGAAAUUAUCAGAAAUGUUUCAUUAACCUGACAGAUAUGUAGCAGAUUUUGCAGAUUUACUGAUGAUUAAUUAACUUUCCAUAGUUUUACAUGUUAAGGGGAGUCUCUACUCUGACCAAUCGGUUGUCAGUGGGCGGAGUCUCUGCAGACACUGAAAGACCUCUGAUUACUUGAAUUCAAGGCGAAAUGCCCUUUAAUCUGCUCCACCAAGGUCCUAAAGACUUUGUUGGAGUGGCUCUGUUUUGCAAUGUUGGCGCCGGCCUAUAAAAUAAAACCAAUCUUAUCUGCACAUGUAAUAAAAUUUUAUUUGAUAAAUGACACAUAACACAAUAUGUAGUGUCCAAGCUACAGUUUGCCCAAGCCUCAAUGGGGCCCUAAGAUUGAUUGUUGAUCAUUCACACAUCUACUUCAGUAUAAAUUUAAUGCACCUGACAUGUCUUAACACAUUUAAGGGGGUGGCCCUGGGUAAUAACAUAAAUAAUACCAAUGCAUACUUGAUCUACUAUCAAGUUUAAAGAACACGUAGAUAACUAAUGUAUUUUUCUGUGUGUGUUUGUGUUUCAUCCUCAGCCAGUCGGUGGUCGUGGACAGAACGAUGUACAUCUCCGGUCAGCUGGGGAUGGAUGUAGCCUCAGGUCAGCUGGUAGAUGGAGGAGUGCAGGCCCAGGCUAAACAGGUCAGGUGAUGAAAAUGAUGAAAAUGAUAGUGAUGAUGAUGGGUGGCCAUGUUUGAGUCAGACUGGACACUUACUGUUUCAAUCUGCCAUGCUGUAUGUCUAAAGCACAGGGACUACUCAAAGGUACAAUGUUAAGUAUUGAGCAGCAUUUAACAGAACAGACUUGGUAUGGAUAGAGAAAUAAGUGUGUUAGAGUUAGUGUAUAUUCACCUGACUUUAAACAUACUCUUUGACCCUGUCUGUCUAUCGUCCCUAAGGCACUCAUCAACAUGGGGGAGAUCCUUAAAGCUGCUGGCUGUGACUACUCCAACGGUAAAACCUCUGUAAUAUCUGAUUUUUUUGUAGUUUGUUAAGAAUGACUUGAACAAAAGUAAUCUGUGAUUUCAGUGGUGAAGACGACAGUGCUGUUGGCUGAUAUCAAAGACUUCAACAGCGUCAAUGAGGUCUACAAAACAUGUAAGAAGAUGCUUUGUUAUUCACUCGCACCAGGCUGUGUGUUUUUACUUUCAAAACAUUUAAAUCAUCCUGAAUGUGCCAAUUUAACCACAGGGGGGCACCCUUCAAUCAAAUCAGUCAGAGACAGCCUCAUUUAUUCAAUAUGAACAAAAAUCCUUAAGCCUGUUUUUGUCAUGUGGUUGGUAAAUCUGCAGAUUCUUAGUGCUCAGUGUUACUGGAAAAAGUCUUAAUGUUAGAAAAUUUGACAAUAUCAAAUAAAAGCUGAAAUUCUGCUUCCUUAUUUUAGAUGCAAACAAUUAAUUACUAUUUUUAUUUAAGAGUUUUAAGUGCAAUACUGCUCACACAUAUCCAUCCUCGAGUUUCAAUUUCACGACUAGAUUAUACUACAAUUAAAAAUAAAAUACCCAGUGCACUUUGCAGGAUCUGUGCCUGAGUUAUCAUGAGACGACACAGUGCCUCAUGUUACACCGACAUCCUUCAGAAAAUGACUGCUGACAGGUGUAUCAGUCACCUGACGGACGGCCUCACUCAGCUCGUCCUCUGCCGUAUGAAUGCAGCCUCCUCUGACCGGGCUUUUCCUCCUGGAUCACAGCAGACAGAUGUAACAGAGCUGCAGCGCCCAGCGAGUCGUAAAUGGACACCACUGUGCAGACACACAGAUGUAACCCAAUCCUCCCACAGCAGGCUCUGCUGUGCCCCCAGAGCUCCCAGCUCCCCUCUGACUCUGCUGAACCCUUAAACAUAGACAGGAAACUUUCCCUGACCUUGACAAGAGGAUAUGUUUUGUACAGGAAUGUAGAAAUCCUGGGCUGUUGUUUAAUUUUAAAAGACGACAGGUAGAUCCAGUUUUGAGAUUUCUUUAGGAUUUUACCCAUAAAACUUCAAAACUACAAAAGAUUUUUUUUUUUAAUCUGAUUUUAUCUUUGCUUAUUUUACAGGAAAGAUUCAAUAUAGAUUAUCAGCUUAAAAAAAGAGCAUUUGUAUUCUUGUUUUAAAAAUUUUUUAAUGCCCUAAAAAGUUAAAUUUUUUCCCAUAAUUUUAUUCAAAAAGUAAAAUUUCUCUACAUUCUACGUUUAUCACACAGAUAGGGAAAUAUGUCAGUUUUCUUGUUUGAAUCUUGAUGAAUACAGUUUACGGCUCAUGAAAACCAAAAAUCCACUAUCUCAAAAUAUUAGAAUAUCAUGCGAUGCCAAUACAGAAAAACAAAAACAAAAAUGUCAACCUUCAAGAAAAAUUAUGUUCAUUUAUGCACAAAAAGAGAAUAAAAGCUGAGUAAACAGGUGUUCAUAGAAAAUUAGAGCUCUUUUCAGGACUGAAAUAACUGACAAGUGACUGGACUUUUCCACACUAUUCUAACGUUUAGAGAAAACAGAUUUUUUGAUAUUCAUGAGCUAUAAACUGAAAUCAUCAAGAUUCAAACUAAAAAGUCUUGAAAUAUUUCACUUUGUUGUUUGAUAAGUCUAGAAAAUAUGAAUUUGGAUUCCUUUUUUGUAAGGUAAAAGUUGAACUUUUUCAGGACAUUUUAACUUUUUGACUAAAAAUCUGUAUUUUAUGGUGUAAAAUUGACCUUUAUUUAAAAUUUAACUCUAAUAACAAGUUUAAUUUUUUUAAAAUUAUGUAUUUCUCAAAGUUGGUACAUAAGCACAUAAUUAUCCAAUUUGAUUGAUGUAGCUCACAUUAUCUUUUUUCCCAAUACAACAAUAUGUGAAUAAGUGUAAAUGUUUGUCUUUCAGUUUUCACCAGUAACUUCCCUGCCAGAGCUGCUUACCAAGUCGCUGCUCUCCCCAGAGUGAGUAUGAACUGAACCCUGUUCAGUGUUUGCAUCUGUAACAUUUUUUUCCUUUACUAGAGGGGAUGGGACAGUAAAUAGAGCAGGAAACCAGGAGAAAGAGUGGGAAGUGAAAUGCAGGAAAAAGAGGCUGUAGAUUGGAAUCAUGAGGACUAUAUCCUCUUUGCACGGGGCCAAACCAGCGCCCAAAUCUAGAGUAUCUCUGUGGCUCUUAUCUGCCUCAUUUCCCACUUCUCAGUAUCUCCUUCUUUUUCUCCUCAGGGUGGACUGGUGGAAAUUGAAGCCAUUGCUGUUCUUGGCCCUCUCACUGACUCCUGACUAGCCGGCCAUGUUCCAAACAAACUGUAGUCACAUGAACAUCAAGUGACCUUUUAGUGAAUGUGUUUUGUUUUAUACAGAUAACACAGAAAAGACAGAGACAUCUUUUUUCCCCCCAAGUCUAGCACAUUAGUUUCUCUUCCUGUAGUUUCUAACAUGACAUACUUUCUUUAACAGAUCACAAUACCUAAGUUGAGAUUUUAUCUGUACAACAUUCCCCGGUUACAGUUGCCAAACUUGCUAAAACUCUUUGUGCUGUAAACAGUUUGGUGCUUCAUCUUCUGUUUCAUGAAACUCCAGCUCAUUGACAAUAAAACAGUGAAACCAGCAUGUGUGUGUCUGAACUCCAUUUAGAUAUUUAAAAUUAAAGACACAAAUCCUAAGGUUGUCUUUUUUAUUGUUUUGGACAGUUUGUAGCUUAUAACAGAUUUCAGGGCUGACAGAGAAAAUAAAUGACACAUCAGGAACAAAAAAAAA